UCCUAGGGGACUUUACAACGGUCACUGUUCCUUUAAGGCCGGAGGGAGGCGUGUCGCGACGUCAACUGGACUAUUCCGUUUUCAUGGUGUGCGUAGGGUGGCCAUGUGAAUGACAACCCUGUUUCAUCACGUAUGACAUUGUACUGCCUCAGACGAGCCAGCCAAGGACCAAACUUGCUUACUCACCGAACGGAUUGAAUGAAGAGGUCAGCGAGUACAGGGCCAAGCGACGUAGCAAAAAAAAUAAACCUUGAUUUUUUUUAAAGAUGCGCACUCAUUUAGGUUGAUUUUUAUUCCUAGAGAAACUGCUUUAUGGUAAUGUUGCGUGGUAGGGUAUCAAGGAGUUUUGCCCUAUAACUGCAAAUUAGAUAGAGUAGAUAUGCUAAAACAACUUUGAAAAUAUCUGUACAUAACUGGAAGAAGACUGCACUGAUGUCACCGUGGAUUCUACGUCAAAUUUACAUUUGAAAGAUUUUUUAUUGCUAUUGGAAGUGUUUUUGGUUCCUAAAUACCAUUGCCUUAAACAAAGCACAACCGAUCCUAAGCACAUUGGACACAAUACUGGGACUGAGGUUUAUUUGGAAUUUGCCGGCGCAUGAUGUACACAAUUACCAAAGGCCCCAGCAAACUCGUUACACAGCGACGAACAGGUCCUACGCAGCCGAUUGACAACAAAAUCAACGAGUUCAAGCACAAACAAACGCCUUGGAUUGUUGCCGACAUCCCUUCCCCUAAACUUGUAUUUAACCGUCUGAACGGAAAGAAGCAUCACCCGCCGCCAGCUGUGAAGGUACACCCACAGUCCGACGGCUUCACGGCUGCACACGAGGAGAACGUAACGUUUGUGAAUGCAGCCUGGCAGGAGGUAGUGCAGCAGGUGGAGGAGGGGCCAGGCCAGGAGCAAGAGGCCCAGGGCCCAGUCCACUACACAGAGACCACCCCCAGCCCCCACAUGAAGGACUUUGUGCCUCUGGAUCUGGACGAGUGGUGGGCCCAGCGCUUCCUGGCCAACAUAGACAAGCUGUCCUGAUGGUGCCUCCCUGCCCAGGUUGGCUCCUGCUCCCAGGGGGAGACCCGCACCGUCCUGCCCAGCCAGGGGGCCUGGAGGUGGGGACGAGACUGGCCUAGGAGUGCCUCCCAACCCGGCGACGGCAGGUCACAUGGGAAUGACAGGCGCUGGGUCGCCGGCAACUCCUUUUUGUCAGAACUGUGAUAUAUAUAUAUUUUUUUGCAUUUUGAAAAACAAGCGCUAUGCAAAUGGUACAAAUGACGCAAGCUAGUGUCCUGACAUCUGAUUCACAAAGAAUCUACUGGAAGAUCAAGUCUGGAAUGUUGUUCGUCACUGUGGACUACGAUGCGUGCACCUCAAACGCAGUAAAUUGUAUUUUCAAAAAUC